GUCAGCUACAGUAACAUAAGCUCUUGAGUUUCCAGGCAAAGAAAGUCGAAUUCAAGCUCCUGAGCUCCCGUUAGUUACUGGGUUUUUCCUGAAGUGCCACGUAGCCUUGUCUUUCUAUUCUUGGUUUAUUACUCUAGCAUCAUUAACUCGUAGAAACAUCAAUUUUGUUUUUAUUCCUGGCAAUAGCACUCAACCACCACUAUUUCUUCCCGUGCUUGCCUACAUACCUCUAAGUGUGUAGACGUGUCAAACAUAGAGACUCUUCUUCGCAAGGCCUCAUUUGUAAACAUUUCUACUUCUGCCUUUGUGGAGUGCGUCUUUCCCAUUGCUUUUCUACCAUUUUCUGCAGUGCCCUAAUGCUGCUAUUGCCAAGCAGUAACCUUUAGACCUUAAUUAAAGUGGAUUUUCGCAACAACUCAAUGGAUUAUUAAAUGUUUCACUGGUGGAGAGUGCAGAAAACAGUGCUCAGCAGAAGAUAGGCCCACAGCAGUGACAUAAACAUCCAAUCAACAGAUCUCACAGCAGUUCAAAAAAUUAUAGCUGAAAUUAUUGUUGCUCAAAAUGGGGAAUAUUGUUUUAUAAGUUCUGGAAACAAAUUGUUUAUUAUCUGAAACAUUGUACAGCAUUAUUUCACUUGAAAAUCAGACAUAACAGUGGAAAAUCCCAAAAUGGAAUAUGACUAAAUGGACUAGUUUUUAUAUACCAAGGACAGGAAGGAAAUGUAGAAACGUAGAAAACAGGAACAGGAGUAGGCCAUUCAACUCUGCGCCACCAUUCAAUAUGAUUAGGACUGAUCAUCUAACUUCAUACCUGUUCCCACUUUCUCCCCAUAUGCCCUUAGAUCCCCUAGACCGUUGAACUAUAUCUAACUCCUUCUUGAGAAUAUUCAGUGUUUUGGCCUCAACCACUUUCUAAAGCAUGGAAUUCCACAGUCGCCACUUUCAGGGUUAAAAAGAAAUUGUCUUUAUGACUAAAUGGUCUAACAUGUAUUCUUAAACAAUGACCUCUUGUUCUGAAACAAAAACAGAAAUUGCUGGAGAAACUCUGCAAGUCUAGCAGCAUUUGUGGAGAGAAAAUUGAGUCAAAGUUUCAGGUCCAGUGACACUUCUUCAGAACUGCUUCUGCAGAACUUUCUGCUCUGUUUACCCUGCCUAGUCCUGAGAUCCCCUCUCAUUCUUCUAAACUCCAGUGAAUAUAGUCCUGAUCAAUCCAGUCUCUGUUCAUAUGCCAGUCCUGCCAUCCCUGAAAUUCAACUCAAAACUCAACUUCUAAGAUAAAGGUGAAGAGUUGGGGUAAGCAAAAAGUCAAACAAAUUAAAACAUUCUCUUAUCAUUUAACUUGCAGUACAUAUUAUGCAUCCAUUUAUUCAGACUUAGAAAUCCUUGUACUGUUUUGACAUCUUUUAGAAAUAAAUUGAAGAUUAAUGCAAGUGUGAACAAUGCCUAUUCAGGCAACAUUUAUUUCAUUUACAAUAAUGUCCCUGUCAAGUUCUAAAAUCUGCAGUACAUUUCCUGCUGGUUUAUUAUUAUUAAUCCUUGAUUACCUUAUCUUUCUUCCUUUUUUUUAAUCUGUGCCUGCACAUUAUCUCCUUACCUAGAUUGUUCAAUCAUAUUUUGUUACAAUCAGAGUAAGCAGCCCUUUAUCACAGGUCAGUGUUUAAGAGCAAGAAGACAAAGGAGAUUCCAAGCACUAUCUUCUCAUUGUAAAUUAAUCCUAUUAGUGUAACAGUUUCCAGAAAAUGGUAUUGUGACCUCAAAAGGCUAAAAUAUUCAAAAGAGACACCUAGGGGAGUCUUUUGGAGGAAACCAUUUACUAAACUUUGUGUAUAGAAAUUUCUGAGGGCAAAUCACUUGUCAAAAAAAAAUCUUUUUAUGCUCAACAUGAAUUGUGGUUAGUUGAAACUAUCUGCAUGGAGUCAGUGUGCUCUUCAAGUGAUCUUGUAGCUGCAUGGCUAAUAUAGAAAAGUGAAAAUGAGCCAUAUCUCAUAAAUGGAGCACCUUAUUGCACAGCUCUGGAAGUAUUUUAUCUUUGUAAGAAAAAAUGCAAUUUAAUUCUCAUUAGCAGUCCAACCAAAGCCAUUAAAAUGAGUAUCCUUGUUUGGAGAUAACAGCACCAUGGACCUGUGCAAUGAAUCUGGCUGAGCACCUCUCAUUGAUAGAGAAGUGAAGUUUAGAUGCUGAGUUGCAUUUGUAAAUAAUUCUAGAAUAUGGUAUCUAUACCAAGGUUAAUUCUUUCAUCUUUACAGCUUCUCAGAGUUACAUUUUCCUUUCAUAUCUUUAGAAAGUCUGGAUGUGAACAUGAAUCCCACCUACCUGUUAUAUAACAAUAAUGUGAUUUUUCUUGAGGAUAAGUUGAUUUCCUGCUGACAAUUUAUAUGCAGGAAAUAUUUAGCAGUGAACAUAUUCUGAAGAUUAGGUAACCGCAAAGGAAAAUAAAAUAAUUGCAGAAAUUCAAAGAUGGGACUUCUUAAAAUUUGAUUUUGGAUGUGUACAUUACUGGCAAAAAUGUACACAUUUUUUGUCCGUUCCCAUUUGCCCUUGAGAAAGGGCAUUUCUAAUUUAUUUCAGUUUAAAUCUGUAAAAGGGAAGGGAGACUGCACUGUUUAUAUUUUAUUUUUUUCAUUUCCCACAAGAUAACAGAAAAUUGCACAACUACAUGUUGUCUCUGGUAUGAAGCAAAAUGACUUUCGCUUCUAUAAGGGUAAAAAGUACAGAUCACGAGAUGUCCUUUUACAUUCCUGAUGCAAAUAUUUGCAGAGAUCAAAAUAACAAUGCAAAAGCCAGGUAAAGGUUAAAACAAGAACAAAAUGUUUUAAAAACUGUAAUCGUUGGUAUAUGAAAUGCUGGGGGACAUGAGUUGCCACACAGCAGCCUCUGUAGAGUUACAAAACACAUGAUUUAAUAAAAAAGAACAGUUUUAAAAUAUAACAAGAAGCUGCUGUUGGAACAGAGCUGUCAUCCCCCUACAGUACUUUGCUAACACAAUGAAAAGUUAAGUAACACUUUUUCCAAUGACUGUGUCAUGCAGCUUUCAGAUCAGGUUCAUAAGUUCAAAAUGUGACGGGACCUUCAAGUACCGGUGAUAAAAUGUAGGGCAGGGCAACAAGUCCCACUGAUCUCCAUGGCACCACAGACUCUGGAAAGGCUUUUUGACAAACUUGGCCACUUUGGAAGAUUCCAAGCUGCUGUGUAUUUUGUGGUCAAUUUCCAAACUAUAGCAUGUGGGAUCCACUAUUUGGCCUCAGUGUUCCUUGCUGUAACACCACAGUUCAUAUGCAAGUUGCCUGGAAAUGUGACCACAAUCCUUGUCUCAAAUACUACAGCCGGCCCUGGAGAUUUGUGGAACUUGUGGACUCCAGAUUCACGCAGUGUUAUUGCUCAGAUGGAAACUGGAGAGAUCUGGGAAGCUGAGAAGUGUAGUCGUUUCAGAAGAAUUGGAAGCUUUGAGUUAGUGAAUUAUUUUAAAGGCAACAGGACACGUUAUCCCUGUUCUGAUGGUUAUAACUAUGAUCAAAGCCACGUUGAAAACAGCAUUGUGACUGAGUGGGACCUAGUCUGUGAUAGGGAAUGGUUAGCAAAACUCACCCAGCCCAUUUUUAUGUUUGGAGUCCUGCUGGGGGCUGUGGUGUUUGGGGAUAUCGCUGACAGGUUGGGACGACGCUAUAUACUGUGGUUCACAAGCACAGCUCAGUUUGUUUUUGGAGUUGCUGUUGCAUUCACCAAUGAUUAUUACAGCUUCAUUGUUGUCCGUUUCCUUCUAGCUCUGGUUUCAAGUGGCUACCUUGUGGUUGUUUUUGUCUAUGUGACAGAAUAUACUGGAUUGAAGGCCCGCAGUUGGGCAUCUAUGCAUGUCCAUGCUUACUUUGCUGUUGGCAUCAUGGUAGUUGCCUUGGUUGGAUUCCUGGUUCGAGCCUGGCGAAUCUACCAACUCGUUUUAUCGCUUGUGACAAUACCAUUUAUAUUUUGCUGCUGGCUGUUGCCGGAGACACCCUGGUGGCUUCUGGCUAAAGGACAGUUUGAAGAAGUCCAGAAACUGAUUGACACAAUUGCUCGAUGGAACAAAGUAAAGAUCCCUUGUCAUGUCUCUGUAAUGCAGAUGAAUAGUCCUGAGGAUUCAACAGACAAAGAAAUUGCAGUAAAGAAGAUUGAGGUCAAAGAAGACAAAACCAGUAUCCUAGAUCUUUUCCGUACAUGGAAUUUGGCUAAGAGGACCAUCACAAUUUGGCUUGUGUGGUUCACUGGGAGUCUGGGCUAUUAUGUUAGCUCCUUGGGUUCUGUCAAUCUGGGUGGAAAUGAAUAUCUGAAUCUUUUUCUGGCAGGUGCAGUGGAAAUUCCUUCUUAUAUUGUUGCUUGUUUUGUGAUGGACAGACUGGGAAGAAGGAAUACUUUGGCACCAUCCCUGUUCCUGACUGGUGUGGCAUGUUUUCUCAGCAUGGUGAUUCCCCAGGACAUUAAGGCCCUGUCAAUUACUCUGAGCAUGAUUGGAAAGUUUGCAAUAGCUGUGGCAUUUGGAUUGAUAUACCUGUACACUGCUGAGCUGUACCCAACUAUAAUACGUUCGUUGGCUGUUGGUACUGGAAGUAUGAUGGCUCGGGUUGGAAGUACAGUGGCACCUUUUUGUGUUCUCCUCUCAUCACUGUGGAUCUUUCUACCACAGCUGAUUGUUGGAAUCAUGUCCUUUCUGACUGGCUUGUUAACAUUGUUACUACCGGAAACUCUCGGGAGACCCCUAGCCCAGACCUUUGAGGAAGCUGCAAAAUUGCAAAAGAAAACAAAGCAAGACAAAACCAAAGACGGCUCAUCAUAUGGACGAGAUGGCAAUGCUGCUGUGGGAAGGAUCGAGAAACGAGACUAUAUCAUCGAUGGUGUGGAGAAAUCAAAGGAAGAGCAGAGUCUGAUUGAACAUUUAACACGGUUAUAAAGCUCAUUUAUUGAUCACCAAGUCUUGAAAUAGACACGUAUUGUAGUACUGAUUAGUAUUAAUACCUUCAAUCUGUGAACUAACAAAAGUACACAAGUAGUUUGACAUCUAUUACAAACAAACAUUAUAUAUAUAUAAAGUACAAUCCAACAUUAUUUUUAGUAGUAUUUCCCUACUAUAGUUAAGUGGUCAAGAAGUAUUCCUAUUAGACAGCAAAAGAACAACUUAUUAAUUAUAGUGCAUGCUGAUUUACAUAUAUGAGAAUUUAACUGCAAAAUGAAUAUUGACUGAUAACAGUCUAACUCGUAGCCUACAGUAGGCUGCAUUUUAUAUUCUUAUCAACUGUCUCUUCUGAAAAACUCUUUAAUUUUGAUCCACUAGGACUUCAAAAGGAAUUGCUGACAGGUAAUUGCUUGAAAUUUUCUAUAACAUUAAUUAGAACUGAAUGAUGAAAAAUGUGCUGUUUUAGGGUUGUGAUUUGCAAGAAGUUAAGACUAACUUUAUUCCAUUAGUUUCACCAACCAUGAUUAUAAAACAGCUUGUCUUGACUCGUGCUGACCAAAAAAAAGUUUUUAUUUUAAGAGUUAAUUCAGUGAAUGUCACCAUAUCAGCUACAACCUGUAGAGGACAGGACUCUAGUGACCUUAACAUUUGGAUGUGAUCCUCACAUAAGAUCUAGAGUUUUAACUGCUACCUAAAAUUAACAGAUAUCCAACAAGGUCUUUUAUAUUUUUAUUGCCCGUGGUGUCAUGUUUUGUUCAGACUGACAUUUUCAUCAAAACUGAAACAUGUAUAUCAGAGUCAAAGGAUCCUCUGCCUUGAUUGGUUGAAUGGCUUCCUUCUGUACCACAUGUUUUCCCCAUUUUCUGGUCAUCUGGUUCAUACACGAACUCCAGGCAAAUGUUCUCCUUUAAUAUUAUAGACCGUAUGGCCACCCCAUGAUUAUCUUUCUAAUCGACCUUCCUUCCCCAUGUGCUAGAGAACAUGAAUUGAGAGAAGCAAACAGAAUUGAAACUAUACUAUACUCAUUAAUGAGAGAUCAUACAAUUAUUUUUAAUGCUUUACCAACCAAAUUUGUGCCAGCAACAAAAAUAGAAAACUGUAGCAACAACAGUAAUACGACAGGAUUCAAAUAACCUUUAGGAAUCUGACCUUAAAGCAUUUUAAAAUAUUAUUUUGUUUUUAUUUCUGCUUUUAAUAUUCUUAGGCCCUCUGUAGUCAUAAAGGCAAGAGAUUACAGACUGUAUGCUUGCAGGAUUAUGACAUAGCAAAUUGUUAGUAGGCCAGUAAAGGUAAACGUUGACUUGUGAAACCGUAAUAAUGCAAACAUAUUAACAAUUAAUUACUAUAAAGAGUGAAAGUCAUAUUCAUACAUGACAUUUACUCAGGUAAUGGGCACCAGUGAAUCUCAUGACACCCAUGCCUUGCUGGUAAGUUUCCCAAGCAUAAUGUUGUUCAACUGGCUACAAAACCAAAUGUAGAACUGCAGGGACUUGUUUGGGGCAGCCGCUAGGAAGAAUCAUUUAUUUGUUAGAUCUAGAACACCAGUCUUGUUAGUUUUGUACUGUGGUUUGGCCAGGAAUCCUGCUUAAAGUACCAAAUGAUGCAACUAAAAUUCAAGAGCUUCUAAUGUGACUCUGACUGUUCAUUCAUCCUUAAUGUUGAAGUUGAAAGAUUUUGAGACAAUAUUGAGAGUCUUGCUUGGUAAAUGGUCCCCAGACCUACAGCACUACAUACUUGAAGCCAGGGCUGUAUUGCAUAAUAGCUUGAGAACAAGUCAAUGCAGUGUUAUACAUUGAGAAGAGGGGUGAUGAUAGGAAUGAUUUGAAUUAUACAAUGCCACCUUGCUUAUAAAGUUGCUCAUAGCGAUGCUAUUUCAUUGUUCAAACCUCAAGGUACUCAUGGUUCACAAACAAACUGUAGACAGCACUUCAACAUUUGUCCAUUGCUUUCUCAAUUUAAGAUAGAAAUCAUGGUGUCUGAUUAUUUAAAUGGAUUUGUCUGAGGCUGGCAAGUAAAUAGAAGAGUACUCAAUUUAAGAUAGAAAUCAUGGUGCCCGAUUAUUUAAAUGGAUUUGUCUGAGGCUGGCAAGUAAAUAGAAGAGUACCAGUAUACUGGUUUCUGGGCUAGUGCUGAUUUGAACUGAUGACAUUGCUGUCCUCUUAGGAGAUAGAAGGUGCAUAUAAACAAGGAACAAGAGUUGAGUUGAUCAUUCAGCCCUUUGAGCCUGCUGUACCAUUCAUAGAGUCAUACAGCAUGAAACAGAUCCUUUUGUCCAACCAGUCCAUGUCGAAUAUAAUCCCAAACUAAACUAGUCCUACCUAUCUCCUCCUGGCCCAUACCCCUCCAAACCUUUCCUAUUCAUGUAUCUAUCCAGAUGUUUUUUAAAUGUCAUAAUUGUUCCCACAUCCACUACUUCCUCAGGAAGUUCAUUCCACAAGCGAACCACCCUCUGCGUAAAAGAUUUGCCCCUUAUGUCUUUUCUAAAUCUCCCUCCUCUCACAUUAAAUACGUGCCCCCUAGUCUUGAAAUCCCCCAUCCUAAGGAAAAGACAGCUACCAUCAACUCUGUCUGUACCUUUCAUUAUUUUAUAAACUUCUAUCAGGUCGCCUCUCAACCUCCUAUGCCCCAGUGGGAAAAAGUCCCAGCCUAUUCAGCCUUUCUUUCGAACUGAAAUCUUCCAUACCUGGCAACAUACUGGUAAAUCUCUUCUGAAUCCUCUUCAGCUUGAUAAUAUCCUUCCUCCAACUGAGUGACCAGAACUGGACACAGCAUUCCAGAAGAGACCCACCAAUGUCCUGUACAUGACUUCCCAUUACCUCAACAUGACUUCCCAACUCUAUUUAAUUAGUUGAUGGCUGAUAUGAUUUUAACCUCAACACUACCAUCCUGAUUCACAAUUCCAUGGUUCACAGUUCAAAAGGUGCAGCUUGCUGAGAAAGUUCUGCUAAUGACAAGGCUUUAAUUAGUUCGGUAAUGUUUAUUAUCACCAAGCAAUAGAACACACUAUGAGUAAAAGUGGAACACUAUUAAUUCUUCAGAUUUGGUCAUUGGGUGGCUUAUUGAUUGGAAGCAAACAAAUAGAGAUUUGAACUUUGUUAUACUUCACUGUUUCUCAUUGUAAAAGAGUGCUGACACCACAAACACAAAUAUUUCAGAAAGGGGAAGAAAAUGUGGACUCUAUCAGUAAUUAGGUUCCAACAUCUGUAGAAAAAUGUGGGCCUUUGAGGGCUGUUCACAGAAAAUGGGACGUAGGUUCAGUUUUCUUUUUUAAGACAAAUCUAUUGUUUAAAGUGGAAUACUCAGCAAGUGCAAACCAAAAUGAGGUUAACUGAAAGAUGUUUUAAUCAAUCUAUUGUAUUUUUUUUUUGAAGAACUGUUUUCAUUCUGGUUAGCAUCUGCCUUAUUAUGUUUCUAAUGCUCAACGAAAAGCUGGUCUUUGUGGCACUUCUCAGCAACACAUCAAUGCUGUUGUAUCCUUUUCCUAUUCCAAAACACCAAAAACAACAAAUCUAAGCAGGCAUCUUUUCUACCAAAGUGCUUUAAAGGAAUUUUUGGAACAUAUCACAAUUAAAAGAUUUGUUUAUUUAUAUUUUAAAAUAUCAUUUGAUGUAUUGUUAUUCUAGGUGAAGCCAAUUUUGAACACUGUUACUUCCUCUAGUGAAUUUGGUAAUCAUCACUAAGUUCCCUUUAGGUCAGAUGGAGUGAUAAGCUGAGCUGAACGCACAAAAUCCCUUCUUCUGUCAUGUACUAUAUGCUACUGGGUCAAUAGAAAGAUUUGAGAGGGAUAGGAAUGCACAGAUAGAAUCUAUAAAGUAGACUCUAUCCCUCUGAACAAUGGCUUUGAACAGAUACUCCACUUAGCAAAUUUCUUCCAAUUUGAAACAGAGAACUUUAUAAAAUACAUCAAAGCCAAAUUUAUAGGGGGCUACUCAUGGGCAGCAAACGUGCCUAUUUGCUUCCAGUGAUUGGUCCCCAAUUGAUGAGCAAAUCACUAAAUCACCUAAAUUGCCCCUGCAUCUUGGCAAGCAUCCGAUAAAGCUGCAACCUCAAAAUAGCUCCAGACUCUGCUGCCAGAACAGAUGGAUAGCUGGCACACGCUGUCAAUAGACCACUCAAAAGUUAAAACCAGUCUCACUGACAUUUAUACUUAAAGCAACUGGUUGUGAUUUAUUCUUAAAGGCCAAUUUAAACAUUAUGCUGAAGACCGAAGUACAAAGUGUCCUGGACAAACUGAUCUGCAGGAAGUUCAAGGCAGCUAGUCUCUUUUACCAAAGUUUUUCAUGCAUUAAGUACAUUCAAAUUCAAAUGUGCAGCUAGCAGAAAUGAGGAUUUCAGGCAGUACUUGAUUUGACAACAGUGUCCUGAUUGAAAAUUAAUGGUGCUUUGAUUUGAGAACAAAUCUGGAUGUUGCUGAAAUAUUUCAAGUAGGUCCAAUUUCUCUAUUCAAGUAGACCUUAUGUGGGGAAAGAGGAUACAGAGGAUAUUUUAGAUUCAUUUUGUUCAGUAAAGUGAUUAGUCCAGCAACUUAUGUUAAAUAAAACAAAACAAAAAACAUUCAGAAAAUUAAGAAAUUAGUUUUUCUUAAAAUAAAAUAUGAUUUAGAAUAUACAAAAAGCUACAGUUAGGAAAGCAAAUAAAAUAAUUGAUCCCUAAAAUUCAUCAUUUUGAAAAAUACAAAAUUCAUAGUUUUAAGUGUUUCUAACUUUGAGAAUGCUAAAUGGAGUUUCUAAUUCAAGAUGGAUUUAACACAAGUAUUAUGGAAAAGGCAUGCACAAAUUUCCAAUUCGGUAUUUCUAUGCUACCCUCAUGCUGAUCAUGUGGUCAAUAUAUAAGUGUACAAAAACAUGAUGAAGUUAAAAGUGCAAGGAGUAAUUGAGGUACCUCAGAUUGUUUUCUUUCGCAGUUCCCAGACUGAACCCUUGUCUAAAGUAGAGCGCAUUUGAAAACUUAUAGUCAAUAUCUAAGACACUAUGAGAAACCAAAAGUGAAGGCAGGAGAGAAACAUUCCUGGUUCAAAGUAUUCUCUUGUUAAACUGAACUGCUAAACUCACUUUCACUUUGAUGCUGUACUGACCCUGUAAGGAUUAAUUGCAGUCAUCUACUGAAUGUUAACCUUGUUACCACCACAGACACAAACUUAAAUCAGAACAAAAAUACACUCUGGGUAGUGUAAACUUAAAAUGUGAACAACAUUCAAACACAGAAAUAUUUUCACAGAACAACGUCUGUAUUAAUGGCACUGGUUGUAACUUUUCAGACUACUGAAAAGAGGAAGUGAGAUUGCAAACUUUACCUCACUACAUUUAUGUAAUUGAAUUAAAAUUAGGUUUAAAUGUAUUCGUAAUAUGAACCAAAUCAAAGACUUUGGCAGGUCUGAAGAAGGGUCACCGCACCAAAAAGUUAACUGAUUUCUCUCCACAGAUGCUGCCAGACCUGCUGAGAUUUUCCAGUGAUUUGUUUUUAUUGUUUCAGAUUUCCAGCGUAAGCUGUUCUUUUGUUUUAUUUUGUCAAAUAUAUGUACACCUAUGCUGUAGAUGUUUAGGCAAGUUAUUUGUGGUUGUUUGAAAUUAAAUUGUGUAUGUGAUUAGAGAAUCUGUAUUCAAGUCACUGUACUAAAUGUCCAUUAUUUAUUCUGUACCCAAAAACUGUAUUGGACCACAAAUCUACAAACCUGAUGCUGUUAACGUAACUCAAGUUGUGUGUGUGCAUACUAGUUCUGCUAAUGCUUACCCAAUGCAGUUCAUUUAUUUGUGCUUUGCCUAAUAUUUUCUUUUCAGUUGAGUAAUGUGGAUAACCAUGGACUUUAAGCAGACGGUUAAAUAGAAGUGCAUUAGCACUGUUUAAUUUCACUGAUGUGAGCAUUGAUGUCAUUAUGGAAGACGUUGUUGAUAGUCAAUCCUGGCAACCUUGGGGAAACAAUGCAACAGGCAAAUCAUUGCUGUGAUAGUUUAGAUGUAGUGGUGUAAUAUUUUCCUGACUGCUUUGAGUAAGCUUUUUCUGCUUUGAGUGACAGGGAACUCUUGCUAAUUUUAAAAAUGGUAAACUCAAAAAUGGUACAGCUCUGUGGAAUGACCCAAACCACAGGCUAACUGCUGGGAUGACAUCACUACUGGAAUGCAGAGCAAGUCAGACAAACAGUGGCAUGUCCUUGAGUGGGAGGAAAUUGAGCAGGUCUCCAGAAUAAUUUCAAAAACAGGCUGGGAUGAUGUGCCAUCUAAUGUUCUUUCAUGCUUCCUGGGCUGAUGGACCUAACUACCAAUCUGUUAGAGAUUGAAUACAUAGUAUGUUGUGGCACGCUCUGGUAUGGUAUGUUGGUGCAGCUAGUACCAUUGGCAUUUACUCAAAAAUAACUUCAGUGUACCAUUUUUAACAUAUGUUUGGAGUUCUGUUUAAGAAUAAAAGUGAUUAAUUUGUGA